UCUAUGUCCAAGGUUGAAUGAGUGUGGUGUAACGAGGCGCGCUACACUACAUAGGGAUUUCUAAAGUCGAUAUAAAAACAGGGAUGGAUGUACGGUUGAGAUGAGGGAGAGAAUCGAUCUUCAAACUUCGCAAUGCCUAUUGAAGAAAACUUCGAAUUCGAGUCAGACGCCUACCGAAAUGAGGUCAAAAACUUCUCAAUUGCCAGGCUUAAGCAGCAAGAGAAAGCCAUGGGACGAAAGUGCUUAACGAGCGGCUUUGCUACGAGUUUCGGGGUAGGCAGCGCAUGGUUCUCAGGGGGCCUGAGCUUGCUACUAGCCGGCUACAAAAGCCGAAGCACGUAUGUGGCUUACAAGAAACGUGAAAUCAUCCAAGCCGAGCUUCGUAAGCGUAACCAGGAGGUUGGCCAUAUCACCGGCAAAGACGCUGCCGUCUCGUGGUCGAUCGGGAUGAUAGCGGCUUUGGUCGGCAUGGAGAUAGGCGACUUCACUGCUGACAUUACCAAUAUCGAAGAGAUGGGCAAGGGACUAGCACCUGACGCGAACGAUAGCACAGGCUUAUUAACCGAUCCGGGCAAGGCAGCAGAGGGUAUGGCCGGUCAAGUCCAACAACUUGCGGCACACGCUCUGGGAGAGAAUGCCGCAAGCGUUGCCACACAAGUAGCGGCUGCAGAUGCCACUGCCUACCACGCGGGCAUGAUCCAAGCAAAGAUCAUAGAAGAACACCUAGGAAACGAGGCGACUGAAGCUGCGUUAGUAGCUCUUACGAGUCCGCCCGAAGAACCGAAGUCUGGAUGCUCACGUACCAAAGCUGUUGAGCAAGGACAACUAGGGUGGUGUAACAGAUGCGGGAAAUCCAUCGGAGCAGGGCAUUGUUACUGGCACUGUUGCAACUGCGACCACGACAAUUACGAUAUCUGCCUCAAGUGCAAAACGAAAGAUAUCAGCUGCAAGAAUCGAAAUCACACUUUGACGAAGCUCCAGGUCCCAACUUAAUCGGAAUGAGGAUACGCGUCACCCCAACUGAUGUGGCCUGAUAUUAUCACGUCUAUUCAUUGGUUGUCUUGGGAUUGUACCCGGUACGUAGGUCUCCGUGCCCAGGCCUUGCCGGGUUCACGAUGACUAUAAGUUAUGAUACACGUUUAAAAACAA